GGAGAAAACACAAGUCCAAGUGGAGUCGGGUCGUUUUUGUGAGGAAGUGUCAAGCGUCAACCAGAGAACGCAUAACACAAGCCAAUCACUGGGACUCUCUCUAUUCUAAUAAAACAACCGGGGAAAUUUGCGCGUCUUCGUCUCAUCCGAAAGCCAGAAGGCAUAUUAAUGCUGUGUUGGAGUGUCGUCCAGCAUUUUGCUUCAAUUCAUACACUCUUCGAGAGCUGCUGAAGCCCGCGAAGCGGGAGUUUGCUGCUAUUAUGCUAUAGAGAGAGAGAGGACUUCUUGGAGGAAGAGUACUGAGUCUUUUUAAUCUCAGAUCUGAAGAUGAAGCACAGGAGCGAGGCUUUUUGCAGUCGGAAGAUAUAUUCCUCUGUUCUUGUUGGAUUAAUCAUUUCCUUGGGAUUGUUUUGUGUUUUUUACGGAUUUUCAUUUGUUCCUAUUCUGCCGAGUGGGGCUGAUGAAGGCGGUAGCGAAGGUAUAGAUCCUGUUUUUGGAAAGUCAGUUCAGAGAGAUGACGAUUUCGACGAUGCACUCGAAGAUCAGGAUGUGCCCAAAACCAUACCUGUUUGUGACAUGCAAUUCUCAGAAUUGAUUCCUUGCUUGGAUAGAAAUCUUAUAUACCAAAUGAAGUUGAAAUUGAACUUGACAUUAAUGGAACACUACGAACGGCACUGUCCUCGUCCGGAACGCCGUUACAAUUGCCUAAUUCCUCCUCCUAUUGGUUAUAAGAUCCCGAUUAGAUGGCCAGCGAGCAGAGAUGAAGUGUGGAAGGCUAACAUACCCCAUACGCAUCUUGCCCAAGAGAAAUCAGAUCAGCACUGGAUGGUUGUGAACGGAGACAAGAUAAAUUUUCCAGGUGGAGGGACCCAUUUCCAUGACGGAGCCGAUAAAUACAUCGCUGCAAUUGCAAGGAUGCUUAAGUUCCCCGGCGAUAAACUUAACAAUGGUGGGAACAUACGGACGGUUCUAGAUGUUGGUUGUGGGGUCGCUAGUUUCGGGGCGUAUCUUAUUCCACAUAACAUUAUAGCAAUGUCUCUUGCGCCUAAUGAUGUUCACGAGAAUCAGAUACAGUUUGCGCUGGAGAGGGGAAUCCCCUCAACCCUUGGCGUGUUGGGGACAAAAAGGCUUCCUUAUCCAAGCCGCUCAUUUGAAUUGGCUCAUUGUUCUCGAUGUAGGAUUGACUGGCUUCAAAGAGAGGGAAUUUUGUUAUUAGAACUGGAUAGAUUACUAAGACCUGGAGGCUAUUUUGUAUACUCAUCUCCUGAGGCCUAUGCACAUGAUGCGGCUAACCAAAGAAUCUGGAAUGCUAUGAGUGGUCUUUUAAGAAGGAUGUGCUGGAGAGUUGUUUCAAAGAGAGACCAGACUGUUAUAUGGGCCAAGUCUUUGAGUAACAGCUGUUACUUGAAGAGAGAUCCUGGAACUCAGCCUCCUUUAUGCAAUUCUGAUGAUGAUCCAGAUGCAUCUUGGAAUGUACCCUUGAAAUCGUGCAUCACACCCUACUCUAAAAAUAAGCAUAAAGAGAAAGGUAGUGGGUUGGUUCCCUGGCCUCAGAGGCUUACUGCUGCACCCCCUCGUCUACAAGAACUUGGUAUCAGGUCUGAGGAAUAUAAGGAAGACACUGACAUUUGGCAUUUUAGAGUGAUGGAGUACUGGAGGCAGAUGAAAUCUGUAAUACAGAAGGAUUCUUUCAGGAAUAUCAUGGAUAUGGAUGCAAACCUUGGUGGUUUUGGUGCUGCCCUUAACGAUAAAGAUGUAUGGGUGAUGAAUGUUGCACCUGUGAAUGAAUCUAGCAAAUUAAAAAUCAUUUACGAUCGAGGCUUAAUUGGAACUGUUCAUGACUGGUGUGAAUCAUUUUCUACCUACCCCCGUACCUAUGACCUACUUCAUGCAUGGACAGUAUUUUCAGAGGUUGAGGAACGUGGCUGUGGUGCAGAGGAUCUGCUCAUUGAAAUGGACCGAAUGCUACGCCCAGAAGGAUUUGUUAUCAUAAGAGACAAGCCCACUGUCAUAAACUACAUUCGAAAGUUUUUACCUGCCUUACAUUGGGAUGACUGGAUAUCAGAAGUAGAACCAAGGGUUGAUGCUCUAUCUAUACAUGAAGAAAGAGUUCUGAUUGUAAGAAAGAAGUUUUGGGAAGUGGGUGCUGCUACAAUGUAAAUGCGCAUGUUUAACCUUUGAGGUAGGUUUAUGCCUAUCAUAUAGAAUUCUUUUCUCCAUCUGUGAAUGGUGUCCAAAAAGAUAGUUGUUCAUAAGCUCGGUCUUGGUUGUUGCAUAGUCCCAAAUCCGCUUCUGCUGCUGUCUAUAACAUUCUUUUUUUUUAUGUCCUUUGUAUUUUUGGAAUCAGGGUAUACAUAUAUCUUACAUGGCUUGCGGCACCUAUUCCCAUGGGGCAAGUCUGAGUUCCACUCAGGACAAUUGAAUGACUUAGGUGAAGCCUGCUAAAUAUUUGCCUCCUGAAUCCUUAGCAGUUCCACUCAGGACAAUUGGUGCUUGUCAUGUUAGAUCUGGCAUCUGGGUAUUCUUGUAUCUAUUACCUUCAUAGUUUUCCACUUCUUUGGUAUUGUCCUUGCUUCUCCCGGUCUCCUGUUAAAUGUUAUCAAUUAAAUCUCUUUAUGACAGUUUGUUCAAGUCACACCUGUUAACUUGUCCAAUUAAAUCUCUCUUUAUGACAGAUUGCACUUGCAAUGUGUCAUGUGGCUAGUAUCUAUACUACCAUUAGAAGUGUGAAUGAGAGUGGAACUUUUAUUUGACUAAAAUACCCCAAUUUUUAAAUUUGGUCCCUCUUUAAUUGUAAGGACAGAAAUGUGACUUGAACAACCACUUUUCUCCUUGUUCAAAUCUCUCUCAUUAAGUCUUAUAUUUAACGCAUUAACUCCCGUUAACAUU